GUAAACAAAAAGAAAUAUCUCAAGUUUUGCCAUUCAUUGAUAUUAAUGCACCAGUUCAUUCAAUAUCAACAUCGUUCUCGGACACUGUCAUACUGUUAAAGAAGUUUAUUCACCUAACCAGGAUUCCUGUGUUUGAUGGCCCGUCCGCGGGAACCGCUCUGUCUCCCAGAGUGCGAGAGGAAGAAUUUGUGGUGGAGCAGUCACAACGAAUGGCCAUUGAUAUUCCGUUGAAUUAUACGGCUUCACAGGCGGAUGUAGAACAACGAAUGGCUUACUUCCGGGAAUAUAUCGGGGUGAAUCUUAAACCUGUUCCGGAGCCCUACUUCCCUAAAAUUUUGAACAGUGCCACAAACAAGACCUAUGCAUCGAGGAAUAGAAAUACAUCGCUAAGCUAUUUCUCAUUUCAGCCGGAUGGUGAGCGCCUCCCUCUCGAAGAUAGUAACGGUAUAGACAUCCUCGGAAAUCUAAUGGAAAAUCUAGUCUACUCUAUUCUAUCUGUGAAUAUACCAUACUAUGGAAAUAUCCAUUCGAUGUUGCAUAAUUUGUUAGGAUUCGCUCAAGAUCCAGACAUUUUGUACCUGGAAGAACCUGGGGGGAUCGGUGAAUUAUCGACAGCGAUUCGUGAUCCCAUUUUCUAUCGACUACAUCAGUUUAUCGAUGAUCUAUUCGAGCAAUACAAAAAAGGGCUUACACUCGAUACUAAGCAAGAACUGGGAUUCCCUGGUGUAACAAUUGGAGACGUUUCGGUGCAAGUUACCAAUGGGAGAGUGGCAGUGAAUCGUCGGCUCACGUCUGCUGACAUAUGGGUUUCCCGUUCGAUAGGUUCAUCGAUAAGACGAUUGUUCAGAUGGAAGAUUUCGUGAGAGCAUUUCCCAACAUGAAGCGAACGUCAUCCGUGGGGAAUAUUUUUAACAAUAUGUAUUAGGAACGGUACUCCUGGAUUUGGAUUCAAAUUAAAUUAAGAAAGACAAGAGGUGCAAGAUUGCGUAACUAAAAAUGAGUGGGUUAUAUCUAUGAUAUAACCGCAAGGUUCACGUGGAACUACCUUAGCUUAGCAAUCAUUAGUUUGUAUUGAUUAAAUUCUUGAUUGAAUGAAACAGUUUCCAAAUUCAAUUGAGUUCAAUAUAUUUGCUCUGUGAGUGAAAAAAAUGAACAAAUGCCGUGUAAAGUCAAUUCAUUUAUUGUGAUUGAUUGUUCUUCGUUACAAGUAAAUUUAAUGACGGACCUUUUACGUUUGGUAUGAUGACUAGAACAAAAUAUAUGUACGGAAGAAUUAUCAAACGUUUGAUGAACCAGCCUAAGGCUGAAAAUCUUUCCA